AUGCUGACAAAAACCCCAAGAUAUGUCGGCAAUAAGAUUGCCGUCUUCAGUUUGCAGUCGCUUGGCUGUGACGUAGCAGCGCUGAAUACCGUGCAAUUCAACCUAGUCCUCCCCAACCAGUUCGAAGCCGAACUCCUCUCGGACGUCCCCAUAACAGACAUGGCGUCGAUCGGGCGGGCGCUGCAGGUGAUGCACGAGCGGUACGGCAUCCCGCACAUCGUCAUCACGUCGGUGUCGCUGCCGCACCCGGACCACCCCGUCUCGUCGCUGUCGGUCGUCGGCUCAUCCAUGACCACCACCGGCCGCCGCGCCCGCGCCUUCAAGAUAGUCUUCCCCGCCAUCGACUGCUACUUUAGUGGUACGGGGGAUAUGUUUGCCGCGCUGAUGGUCGUGCGCAUGCGCGAGGCCGUGCACAAUGGGGAGGUACAGGGGCAAGGAUUGAUGGGCAGAGCGUCGUGGUUGAGUGAUGAUGAGGUUGAUGCGCUGGACCUGCCGCUCGCCAGGGCCGCGGAGAAGGUGCUUGCUAGUAUGCACGAGGUGUUGGCCAAGACGGCGGAGCGGAUGGAGGAGGUGGUGGAAAAGGCUCGCGCGGAGGCGGGGGUGGAAAGGGGGGUGGUGGUGGACGGUGAAGGGGCGGGGGCGGAAGCGGAGAAGAAGAGGAUGCAUUUGUUGAAGAGCAAGGCUGCUGAGCUGAGGCUGGUGAGGCACCUUGAUAGCUUGAGGUUUCCCAAGGUGGAGUUCCGCGCGACGAGGUUGUGA